CCCGCGGCAUUCGCUUCUUGGCCCGCCUCGUAAGUGGUCGUGGCACUUUUCCGUGCGUGGUGUUUCUUCGAGUGUACUACGAACCAUGGCUCCUGUUCUCGGCUACUGGAACAUUCGCGGGUUGGCACAGCCCAUCCGAUUGCUGCUUGCGCAUGUGGACGCCAAGGUAGAGGAGAAGCACUACUCGUGCGGACCACCGCCAGACUUCGACAAAAGCUACUGGCUCAGUGAGAAGCCCAAGCUCGGGCUUGAUUUCCCCAAUCUGCCCUACUACAUCGACGGUGACGUCAAGCUCACCCAAAGCAUGGCUAUCCUGCGUUACCUUGCCAGGAAGCAUGAUUUGAUGGGCAAGACUGAAACCGAGAAGCAGCGGGUCGAUGUCGUCGAGCAGCAGCUGGCGGACUUCCGUGUCAACUGGGGUCGUCUCUGCUACAGCCCUGACUUUGAAAAGCUGAAGGGUGACUACCUCAAGGACCUGCCGGCGUCCCUCAAGGCUUUCUCUGACUAUUUGGGAAACCACAAGUUCUUUGCUGGGGACAACCUCACUUACGUCGACUUCAUCGCCUACGAGAUGCUUGACCAGCAUCUCCUUUUCGCACCUGACUGCCUGAAGGAUUACCCCAACCUCAAGGCCUUCGUCGAUCGUGUUGCGGCUCUUCCUCAUGUUGCGGCUUACCUGAAAUCGGACAAGUGCAUUAAAUGGCCCCUCAACGGCGACAUGGCCAGCUUCGGCAGCAGGCUGCAAAAGAAGCCAUGAGCAGAUAUUCGUUUCAUUAACUUCGAACAUGGAUUUGCACAAUAAAAUAAGCUUUGAAUUUUGCUUG